ACUGAGCACUGGGCACAGCUGAACAGAUAAGAGGAGGGGGGAUGAGAUCUGAUACGCAAAGCUAAUGGGAAUGAUAAAAACUCAUCGCCUGCAGUCCACACCCAAACAGAACCAUCGUCACCUCAGCGUCGUCCCACAGGUUGUCCUGACUCUCGGGAUUAUCUCCAGAUGAUCGGGGAGAAGCGAAGAGACACCAGCCUGUGGCUGCAGACAGUCACUCUUCUACGGAAGAACAUUCUUCUGUUAUGGAGGAGGAAAUGUUACACUGUUUUGGAGUGGCUCUAUCACCUGCUGUUCGUGCUGCUGUUGUUCUGUAUCACCUUCAUAUACAGUAUCUCAGCCAGAACUGAGCUCAGGGAGGCCGAGGACCUCGGGCGACUGGAUGAAUUUGACAAAAAAGAUUUCAUAGUCGGCUAUGUCCCAUCUACACCAGCGGUGCAGGAAAUUAUGCAGAAAGUUAACGAAAGCAUUAAAAUUCUAGGACUAACAGUUCAGGAAUUUGGCAAUGAGGAAGAGAUGCAGCAGAACUCCACAGGAGAGACGGUAGUUGUGGUGACAUUCGACAAUGGAUUUAAGUAUUCCAUCAGGUACAAGAGGGAGGAUGCUCCAAACCCAAAUGAUAAAGAAACCUGUGAAGAUGACUCCAGGCAAUGCCUUCCAGCACUGUACUGGACAAAAGGAUUUUUACUACUGCAAGCUAGUAUUGAUGCUGCCAUUGUGAAGGUGACCACUGCUCAUUCCGUAUGGGACAGUAUGUUCUCCACAAUGGCUGUACUUAUGAAAUCUGCCCGUGUGAGAAAAGGACUACUGGAGAUGGCAUCAAUCAUACUCACCAUGUGUCUGAGCUAUGCCACGCUUUUAUACAUUUUGCUGACAAACAUCACCAAGGAGAGAAAUGAGCUGAAAGAAAUUAUGAGGAUGAUGGGGCUCCGAGACUCUGCUUAUUGGUUAUCGUGGGGAUUGCUCUAUGCCGUUUAUGUCCUGAUUCUUGCAAACUUGAUAACGCUUCUUGUUGGCAUAACUGUGUUUUUGAGAAGUUCCUAUGGAGUUAUCCUGCUUCUGUUUGUCCUCUAUGGGAUAUCAAUGAUUAGUUUCACUUUCAUGUUGUGCUCCCUGCUCCGGACCUCUGAGUACACUGUCACCAUUGACUCCAUCACAGCGCUUAUCCUGUGUAUUCUAAGCCUUCUGCCGCUGCUGAGAGUCUUGCCCAUGCCUCUAGAAAUCUUUCUGUGCAUCUUACCCCCGUUCGCAUUCUCGCUUGGUAUCACUGAGAGUGUACACAUGGAGAUGGACCUCCAGGGCGUCUUCUUCUCAGACCUCACUGGAGACUCCUGCCAUGUCCUUGGCAGCUACAUCGGCCUUCUGCUGGACUCCAUCCUCUACUUCCUCCUCACAUUGUACUUUGACAAGAUUCUAGCAGAUAAAUAUGGCAUGAAGUUCGAGCCGUACUUCUUCCUCUGCCGCUCUUACUGGUCAAAAACGAAAAUGACCCCAAUACCACUGGACACGUUAGAAAGAGAAAGGGCAGACACUGAAGAUUAUGUCGAAAAAGUUCCGGUUGAACUCAUAGGAAAAGAGGCAAUCAGGCUUUAUAAAAUUAAGAAAAUCUACAGUGGCAAAGACAAGAAGACGGAAGCUUUAAGAGAUCUGGAUUUGGACAUAUAUAAAGGACAAAUUACGGCACUACUUGGUCACAGUGGAGCUGGGAAGACGACAUUGCUGAAUAUACUGAGCGGAAUGAGCAGAAUGUCUGGGGGCUCGGCCUCCAUCUACAACCAUCAGCAUUCAGACAUUCACAACCUGCAGGAGAUACAGAGGAGAAUCGGGUUUUGUCCGCAGUUUGAUGUCAAGUUUGAUCAUUUAACCGUGAGAGAAAAUCUGGAAGUGUUCUGCAGGAUCAAGGGGAUCGCUCCGGGAGAAGUGAUGUCAGAGGUCGGAAAGGUCAUCUCUGAUCUCGACAUGAAAAAGUGCGAGGACGUGAAGGCCAACAAACUCAGCGGUGGCCAGAAACGGAGGUUAACCUUAGCCGUCGCGCUAUUGGGAAAUCCAGAGGUUCUUCUACUCGAUGAACCCACGGCUGGUCUUGACCCAAUUUCCAGACAUCAGGUUUGGUCGAUCUUACAGGAGAGUAAAGCUGAUCGGGUCACUCUGUUCAGCACACAAUUCAUGGAUGAGGCAGAUAUCCUUGCCGAUCGCAAAGCCGUCCUUUCCAAUGGAAUGUUAAAGUGCGUAGGAUCCUCCUUGUUUCUAAAAAGAAAAUGGGGAAUUGGCUACCACCUAAGGAUGCAGGUGUCUCCAUCUUGUGACCCAGAUACCAUAACCUCCCUCAUACAAGAUCACAUCUCUAGCGCAAAACUCACCGACCAGAAUGUGGAGGACCUCACAUUCACCCUUCCUUUUGACCAGAUGGACUCCUUUCCAGCUCUGUUCUCUCACCUGGAUGAAAAAGUGGGCGGAGACAUUAGGAGUUUCGGGGUGUCCAUCACAACGCUGGACGACGUCUUCAUGAAACUGGAGGGAGAGGAGGAUAUUGAGAAAGGUGAUUAUGGUGUUUUUGCCCGUGAGCAAACUGAAGAUGAAAGCAGAGAAGUGCCUCCUGAGGUGGAGGAGUCCAUUCUUCUGAUGCCAGAAUCUGGUAGCGUCUGCCGCCAUGGACUGGCCCUCUGGUGUCAGCAGGUGGUGACAAUGGCGCGGAUCCGCUUCCUGAAGUUUAAGCACUCUAUGAAAAGCAUUCGAUCCAUAUUGGCUCUCCUGCUGGUGUUUCAGAUAGCCAUUUUCUUCUUUACUGUCACCACUUCAGAAAGGUGGUACUUCUGGGAACUCAGUCCAGGCCUUUAUUUCCGAGGGCUCAGCCAGAGGCCGCACAAGUAUUACACCAGUCUUUUGGUCAAUAACAACACAGGUGCGCCCAUCGAAGAGUUUGUCAAUGGUAUAAAGGCACAAGAUGUUUCUGUAAAAGUUAUCGAUGGUCCGUACAACAAGAACACUACGGGCUACAAUGGCGCCAUCGAGCUGUCACUGCAGAACAAGAGUUACAGCUUUAAAAUCAUUGGGAAUCCCCGAGUGCCGAAUGGCCUGCCUGUCCUGGUGAAUAUUAUCAGUAACGCCUUCCUGAAGAGCUUUAGAUCCACAGAGAGGAUCGAAACCUGGAAUAAGCCCCUCUAUUCUAAAGUUUCUGAACGCUUUAGAAACAGUCUGUUCAUUCUGGGAUUACUUUAUAUGGCAUUUGGAUGUGGUAUUGUCCCCUACUUCGCAAUGAGCAGUGUUGAGGACUAUGAGAUCAAGGCUCGUUCCCAGCUGAGGAUCUCCGGCCUCUUCCCAUCUGCGUACUGGUGCGGACAGGCCUUGGUGGACACUGCCCUCUACUGGCUGCUUCUCUUUCUAAUGGUAGCCAUAUUGUUUGCAUUCAACUCUUCGAUUGCUUUGUCUCUUGGGAUCACUGUAUUGUUGAUACUGGACAUCCUUGGUUUUGGCGCCUCCAUGGUCCUUUACGUCUACGUAAUCACCUUUCUUUACAAAAAAGGAAUGACUAAUUCUGAUUAUUUGUCUUUCCUCUUUAUUCUGAUUUCCAUCAUCGCUAUCUUAACUGAAGUCUACUUGACUGGCUCUGUAAUGAUAUACAUCAUCAUCUUGAUCUUACUGCCUCCCAGUAACUUGUUAGCAUUUCUCGUACAUCUGAGUAAACCCAACCACAUCUUCACUUAUGAGCCUCGGACCAGCAUCUUCCUGAAUGUGGCCAUUCCGUACCUUCACAUUGUCAUAUUCUGGCUUGCCCUCUGGUAUUUUGAAAGAAAAUAUGGAAAAAGAUGCCUGAAAAUGGAUCCGAUAUUCAAAUUUAAUGAAAGGAAAUAUGACGUGAAAAAGAAUCCAGAGGAGCUGAGAGAUGCCGACUCAGACGUCAUGAUGGAAAAAGAAAAGGUUCAGAAUAUGAAGAAUUUAAGGAAUGAAGAAGAGAAACCGGUCGUACUCGUCGACAGCCUACGCAAGGAUUUUGAGGUUGAAACUGGACAUUUGUUUAAAAGGAAAAGUAUAAAAAAAGGAGGACCCCGACACAUCUCAUUCUACGUAAAAAAGGGUGAGGUUCUGGGAUUACUGGGCCCCAAUGGAGCUGGGAAAACGACCUGUAUAGAGAUGAUAGCGGGUGACUUGGAGCCCACAGCCGGGGAGGUAGUCCUGGGUAGUGCAGCCGAUGAGAACUCCUCACUCUUGGGGUAUUGUCCGCAGUCCAGUCCCUUGUGGCCCAGCCUCACCGUGCUCCAACAUUUGGAAAUCUUCGCUGCAGUGAGCGGAAUGAAAAAAAACGACGCAAAUAAAGCCAUAAAGCGGGUGUCAGAAGCCCUGGAGCUGAAAGAACAUCUCAGUAAACCUGCCAACAAGUUGUCUAUAGGGGUCUCCAGAAAAGUUUGCUUCGCCAUCAGCAUGCUGGGUAAUCCGACCAUCGCGCUCCUGGAUGAGCCUUCCACCGGUCUGGAUCCCAAAGGGCAGCAGAGACUGUGGAGAGCCAUCCGAGCAGCCUUCCGGAACAAGGAGCGAGGCGCCAUCCUGACCACUCACUACAUGGAGGAGGCAGAAGCCGUAUGUGACCGUGUCGCCAUUAUGGUGUCCGGGAAGCUCAGAUGCAUCGGCUCCAUCCAGCAGCUGAAGAGUAAGUUUGGUAAAGGUUACCUCCUGGAGAUGAAGGUGAAGGAUUCCCAGCAGGUGGAUGAGAUUCACCAGGAGAUCAUCCGCAUCUUCCCGCAGGCAGACAGACAGGACAGGUUCUCCUCACUGCUGCACUAUAAGAUCCCUAUGGAGAAUGUCCAGUCCUUAUCUCAGGCCUUCUCUCAGCUGGAGGAGGUUAAGCGAGCACAUGAUAUAGAAGAGUACAGCUUCUCCCAGCCCACACUGGAGCAGGUUUUCCUUGAUUUGGCCAAAGAGCAGACUGAAGACUGCGGCCAAGAUGCUGAGACUGCGCGGAGUUCCCCGAGAACACAGAACGUCUGACAGGCCGGACGUAGUCGUAGUCGGGUAGUCGCGGAGGAGAAGAUGAAGCAGAAUGAAGUGAAGCCGCCGUUCUGCACUGUGUGAGACAAGAGAGACAUGAAGACGUCACAACUGUGUAUAGUAGUGUAUUUCCAAACAGCGAGUCC